GCGGGUCAAACUCUUGUUUGUCUUCUUAUCGCCGCGAUGGUUGGAGCAGAGGUGCAGGAACAUCUCUCACCCGAGUGUAAACAGUUCUUGUACAUGGGCACGCUGCCUCGAGGGCUCGAGGAACAGCCUUUUAAGAAGAUCUGCCAGUUCUACGAGGGAAACCCACGAUUUGUCACCCUGUAUGACACCACCAACCACAUUCCUAUCUAUUCCGCGUACACCUUCAAACGUUCGGAUGGCUUCAAGAAGGUUGACGUGCCCUGGAUGUAUGAGCCACAGCUCUCCACAGUGUCUGGCCCCAGAGAGAUGCAGUCAUUCCCUUCAGAAUAUGUCCAUAACAGUUUUGAGGAUGCUCAGGCCGUGCUCGAUGACUACUCUGACAGUGUAAUCUUUGAGCGUGGUCAGCUGAAUCCAGACGAGCACCAGGGUCAACCUGAUGACAAAGCAUCCACCUACACCCUGACAAACGUGGUCCCUCAGGUCAGAGAGUUCAAUAUAGGCCCCUGGAAACACCACGAGCACACCAUCCGCAAGCGGCUCAACAACUACUGCCGCGGAACCGCCUAUGUGGUCACCGGGGUCACCACCUCGGGCCACAUGAUCCGCCGCAACAACAUCAACCGCCUGGGUAUCCCCACAUACCUCUGGUCAGCCUACUGCUGCGUUGAUUUCGACCACAACGCACCGUACGCGGAACGCUCAAAGUUUCCUGCGUUCGCAGCUUACGGGCUCAACGAGAGGGAGAAUAACAAGGUUCAAGAGAUGACGGUGCAGCAGCUGGAGGACUUCCUGAAGAAAGUAACCUAUGUCGGCGGCUCUUUCCAGCUCUUCUAUGACAACUGUGUGCCUCCUAAUAGUGCCUUGCGCAUAGCUUAAAAUAGAAGAGAAUGUCCUCCAGGGAGGAAGGGAUUCAUCAUUUCAUUAGUUAUUCUGCAUUUUGUACUCUCCCUGGGUAAA